CAGUUAAUGAUAGCGAAGAAGAUUUCAGUGGAAACGGAAGUAAAGGUUUCCUGUGCCCUUGUGACAGACAGCGGACUGUAGACGGACGAUGAGCAUGUACAGACAAUUUUAUGCGCUUCAGCAGGUGGCGCGGCGGAGCAUCUCCAGCUCCGUCCGGCGGCAGGUUGAGAACAAAGUCCCCCAGAAACAGAAGGUGUUCCAGCAGCGGUUCUUCUAAUGAGGACACCUCAGUCAGUUUAGCUCCACAGGAGGAUAACGGUAUGCCGGUUCAUUUAAAGGGAGGCAGUGCCGACGCCCUGCUCUACAGGACAACGAUGGCACUCACCGUCCUGGGUGUUGGAUAUGUGCUGUUUGAGCUGGUGAAGGCAGCCUUCCCUCAGAAGAAAUAACUUCUCUGCUUCAGCUGUUUACUUCCACUUUCCAAAAACCGGCCAGCUGUUCUAUAUUGUGUAAGAAGAUGAAAAUACUCCGUCUGUGCCGGACCGCGUUUCGUGUCGUGGUGCGAUUCUAUUGUGGUGUUCAUUGGAUCACUAUUUAUUUCUUGUAGUCUCUGGUGCCCUGAGGAUCAAUAAAGAAAUGCCUCUCAUGACCAAGAA